AUGCCAGAUAUUCCUGCCGGAGGGCAUUUCGCGCACUAUGCCAGCGAGGCCCAUGCAAUCUACCUUGGGAAGAAUCGUCGGCUGGCCGAUCCCGUCUUCUUCCCGGCUCCUGGCCGUCACUCGAGGCUUCCGCCAGGCGGCCCAGCCCCGUCACUGAACGACUACGAGAAGGCCAUGAAGGCAAUGUCCACUGAGGUAUACCAGACUUGGAAAAGAAUCCAAACGCUGGUCAGGAAUCACGAAGAUGAAAUCCAGACUUGGGUGGUAGGGGCCUAUCCGCGCUCAGGCACUGACAGAGCAAAGAACCCCCUGGUCAACCUCCUAAAGGCCAGCUGGCUACCAACGGUCCAGGAGUUUAACAACUGCCACCCAGACAUCCGCAAGUUCAUGGAAAACAGGAACGUCGAGUCUGACUUCCAAGUCGAUGCCCCUGACGGCAGGUUACCGCCAAAGUUUCCCUUUUCGUACAUCAACCUGUUCUUCAAAAAGUCUGGCGAAGCCGAUAGUCAGAUGCAGAUACCAACUCGAGAACAUUACGCUGCCGUAUAUCGCCUUCCGUUCAACUUUUUUGACCAUCGAGCAUCAAAAGACUGGCCUCAUCCCACAGAGCAUCAAAUGUUCAUAAAGAAUGGAGACAUGUACAACCAUCCUGACUCGCGCGCAUGGUUCAGGCGCUUCCGUCUCUCGUUCUUGGUCCCCAACUUGACCCUCAGUGAGCUGGAGAACCCUAUCCGGUUGCUGUCCUUCAUUCAUGCCCGCGGCCGGCAGCACCCUUCCGUGUUUGCCAAAGCAGACAACGACAUGACGUACAUUGGCAGGAGAACGUCGUUUCUGACAGGCCCUUUCAUUGGGAACCGCAUGGUGAGCUUUGAACACUCCGGCUCGGAUUCCUCAGGAGAUUUCCAACCAAGGCUGUGGAGAGGAUGGGGCGGCAAGUCGGACCGUGGGUGCGAUCGAGCUGUUGCAGAAGAAUACGCCGAUCUUUGGCAUAGAGGACAGCUCUUUGGGACGGCGGAGGCCUGGGUCAUGCUUCAGGGCCAGCGAGCCACGUACCUCUAUCUGUGGAACCUCCUCACUGCCAUAGCAGCCACCGAACUGAAACUGAACCCUCGCACGAGCCUUACCCCAAGACCCCCUCAGGAGCAGCAGCAAGUUUUCACCGCGGCCAGGGAGCUCGUAGCCUCCCAGCAGAGCAGAUACCUGAACCGCUGGAUGGACUACACCAGACAGCAGCUGUAUAUCUCCCCGCCGACAGCAAUCGACCACCGAUUCCUCAGCGAGCUGCAGAACAAAGUUGAGAUUGCCGAGACGCAUCUCCAGGACCUGUUCAGCGACCCUGGAUACUUCUUCGACCGCAUCCACGAGCUGUGGGACCAUCAUUGGGGACACAUCGGGAUGAAGAAUGACGCGACAAACCCAGAUGAGAGUGAUGAGAAGGCAUCGUACCUGGAGCAAUAUGCAGACGAAAAGACUCGCCAUGUGCUCUACUUUGACUUGAUCCGAGGGGUGGUGAGGCGGUCCAUUUUCGAGUUCUACAUGUGGCAUUCGAUCCACAGCCGCCUCCUGGAGUUUGACAACGCGAUGAAGGACGAGUUUGAAGACUACGGCAAGGGGGACGACUCCGACUCGGACGGUACCAACUUGCUCCAGCAGCCACCAGUCUUCCUCUCCCCGCAGAAGCAGCUCCAGCACGGCUCCAUAUCAGACAAGUACCUGGCCUUGAUUGUCAUGGUCCGCUAUCACGCCGUCUUCUUCGUCAACGAGUUCCGCAAGAAGGGAAUCCACGCCGGCUCCCCUCACAUGAGGGACUUUGUCUACAGCAUUGGUCAAGCCCAGAAACCCACCCCGGACCGCAUCUGCAACAUUGUCAAGGAGCAUUACGGAGCUCCCGACCUGAAGCAUCGGUCGAAGCUCCGAGAGCUGUGGCGUGAUCUCAGCAAAGUGGGAGGCAAUUCCAUGCGAGGCACCAUGUUUGCGGCCAUUGACAACUUCAUCGUCAAUGCGCUCGAUGGCACAAAUACCGGCAUCAAGGACGCAGCGGCCCUUCUCCAAGAAGUAUCGCAGAUCCAAAACGAAGACCUGAAGGACAUCUUCACAGAGCUCCUGGACGAUACCAUCGAUGGCCUCGACCUCCUCUCCACGCUCGCCGACCAUUUAGAGUAUCUUUGGCCAGCCAUGGAUGUGGUCGGCGGUGCGGACGCAACCGAGGCCGACCGCCGAAAAUGGUUCGACGCGGGCAGCAAGGGCGUGUCCAUCAACUUUCUCAACUUUGACGCCUUUGACUUUGACGGCAAGGUGCCGAUGAAGCGCCUCAAGCGGCUCUUUCUCUUCUUUGACGAGCUGCAGGGCUUCAAGCAGGAAUCGGUCUCGGUGGGACACGCCAAGGGCGAUCUCAGAAGAUUCGGGGCCUCGCUGCUGCGCAAGCUGAUAUACCCCGUCAACGAGGCGGCAAAGGACAACAAGGCCAACCAGGAGGCCAUUGCCCGGCUGGAAAGGGCCAUGAAUGUGACCGGAGAUGAGUACAUCUACCAUGACCGAGAGAAGCCGUUCAACUUGGACGAGGAGGAAGCAGGCUCUGGAGUGACGGUGCCUCUUGUGGACCAACCGAAGAGCUAUCGCAAUAUUGCGGCUCGGGAGCGGCAGCUGGCUAAAGAGCGCCGGGCGAAGAAGGACGCCUUCAUUGAGCAGCUCAUAGAGCCGUCCAAGGAGGAGGCAGCAAAAGCAAAGAAGAGGGAGAAGAAGAAGGCCCGCAGAAAGGACAAGGCGAGGAGGCGAAAGCUGGCAUCCGGCGACCCUGUGUCGGAAGACGAGGAGGGAGAUGAAGACGAGGAGAUGACAGGCGAGCAACAGCAGCCACCGAGCACAGCAGCACCCAACGAUCCGCGAUGGGAAGAAUCGCUCCAUGCCAUGCUCCAUCAGUUCCAGCUCCCCUCGCUCCCGGAAACCCGCAUCCUCUCCCUUUCGGGAGCACAACCCGCACCGACCCCAUCAUCCAGCACCUCCUCCUCCAAGCCCCUCCCCAAAGCCCCCGACGGGCGCCCGAAGCGCGUCAUGAAGAAGCGCGAAUGGGCCACCAUGGAAGCCAUCUACGGAAUCCACGGCAGCGCCAACGCGGCGGUUUCCUACGCCCAGCUGCGAGCCAUGAUGAGCGCUCUGGGAUACGAGGAGGUCGGGCGAGGGGGGAGCCACAUGAGCUACAGCAGGGUAGACGUGAGAUGGCCGCAUAGCGCGCUGCCAAAGGGGGAGACGAUUCAGCUGGCGAGGACGCACGGGAAGGAUCGUGCGGUGGCGGCGAAGGGCAAGUCGAGGGAUUGGGGGAGGAGGCUAUGCGAGAGGGGGUUGACGUUUGAGUUUGUGAAGCAGUGGUUUGUCAAGGGGUGA